UCAUUAUUAUGUCAAGUUCAUUUCAUCGUCGGCUUUAUUGAGAGAAAUUUUAAUAAACGAAAUACGAAUAACCAAAUAUGAAUCGUUCAAUAGCAAUUUGUAAAUUGUUGAAAUCAAAUGUUCGACAAUUCGAAAUUACUCCGUAUCGUCAUUCAUCGCAAAGUAGAGAAGUGAUUGUGGAAAAUCUACAUGGAAAACAUAAUGGGAUAGUGGUAAUUGGAGUGAAUAGACCGGAAAGAAAAAAUGCAUUAGGUGUGAAUUUAGUCAGUCAACUAAAAACAGAACUUGAUAGGGUCAGUUAUGAGGAAAAAGCUAGAGUUGUGGUUAUAAAAAGUUUAGUUAGAGGAACGUUUUGCGCAGGAGCCGAUUUAAAAGAAAGAUUAAAGAUGCCUGUCGACGAGAUGAAACAGUUUUCACUGCAAUUGAGAUCAUUGAUGACGAAAGUAAACCAUCUGCCAGUACCAGUUAUCGCAGCUAUGGAUGGCCUAGCUAUGGGUGGUGGUUUAGAACUCGCUUUAGCCUGUGACUUACGGAUUGCAUCAAAGUGUGCGAAACUUGGAUUGGUAGAAACAGGACUUGCAAUAAUACCUGGAGCUGGUGGCACGCAAAGAUUACCUCGUCUCAUUAACCCUGCGAAGGCUAAAGAACUGAUUUUUACUGCUGCUUUAUUGAAUGGUGAAGAAGCUGAAAAGUUAGGAAUAGUGAAUCAUGUAGUUGAACAAAACGAGAAUGGCAACAGUUCAUAUUUGAAGUCUUUAGAAAUAUGCGAAAAGAUGCUACAAAAUGGGCCCGUUGCUCUAAAAAUGGCUAAAGCAGCAAUAAACAGAGGUUUGGAAGUUGAUAUUCAUACAGGAAUAGCGAUAGAAGAAGCGUAUUAUGCACAAGUAAUACCCACAAAAGAUAGAAUGGAAGCUUUACUUGCAUUCCAAGAAAAAAGAAAACCCAACUUCAAAGGAGAGUAAUGAAUCGAAUAAAUAACAUUGUGCCAAUUUAAAACUCAUCGUUAAUUAUAAUAAAGCUUUAAUGUCAA